AUGUCAGAGAUUUACAGAUGUUCCAUGAGCUCCACCCCAAGAAUUGACAACUUUGACAAGUCUUGGCCUUUUGCAAUCUGGGGGAUCGAUCUAAUAGGCCAUUUGCCUCAAGGAAAAGGGGGUGUUAAGUUCAUAGUGGUUGCAGUAGAUUACUUUACCAAGUGGAUAGAAUUCAAGCCUUUGGCUACCAUCACUUCAAACAAGCUAAAGGAUUUUAUCUACAAGAACAUCAUUUGUAGAUUCGAAAUGCCUUAUACCAUAAUAACUGAUAAUGGGAAACAAUUCGAUUACAAAGACUUCCAAUCAUUCUACGAAAGGCUCAGGAUAAAGAAAAGGUUUGCCACUGUUUACUGGCCUCAAGCCAAUGGUCAAGUAGAAGCUGUAAAUAAAGUGAUCAAGCACACCAUCAAAAAGAAGCUUGAUGCCCUUGAAGGAAGAUAG